AUGUAUAACGCUGGACAUUCGUCAUUUGGCAGCAACACGGACUCGAGCCGUUCGACAGGCCGCGACACACUGUGGCAGAAUGCCCCAGAAAUGGUUGCUAUUCCUGGACCAAACGCAUUCCGUUCUCAAGCACAGUUGAAUAAAGGUCCUGCGAGGCUUCCACAGUCCCGAUCGGAAGGCAAUGUAAAAUCUUUAGAUCAUUCCAACCGCGAAACUGCCGGUCUCUCCGGUAACUACUUUCAUCAAUGGUAUCCAAGUGCUAGUUACUAUCCGGACCAGCAGGAAGAGCAGUGUGAAACACCUGAACAGGCAAGGGGCCGCAAUAGAUCGCGUUCUCCCGUGAAAGUCCUCGAAGACUUGGAUGAAUACGAAGAAAUCGCGUAUCUAUCGUCCCCUCGACGUCGAUCACGUUCUCCGCACAAGAAGCUCUUUGGUGAAAAUGGCUGGCUGGGCAAAACGCCAACAAUUGAAAAGAGGAAACCUGGCCUCAAAGCACUCGGUGAAAAGAUCAGAAAACGCGUGGAGGAUAUGACCGGAGAUGUUAUAAAAUCUACAUCUACAGCUUUCCACACAAAAUCAUCAACACCGGCCACUUCAACCUGCCCGAUAUCUCUAGACCCGCCGACCCAGGCGAAACUAUACUCGGAGCUAGAGCUUAUGAUUUGUGCCACCGCAAAUAAGUUUCUUAUGAGCCAAUAUCACCAGGGGCGCAUGUCCGCAGAUUCGGUAACCAAGGUCAUGCAGUUCUGGAUCUCGAAAAACAGACCGCAAGUCCGCGAGUUUCAGUUUGACCAAGCCACUCAACGGGAUCUAAUUCUCUACAAUAUCGAAAAUUUUGCCUUCCACGGAGAAGCAGCUAAAGACAUGGUUAUCCGAAACGCUGCCAUGCUUAACUGGAAGAUUAUGGCCAAAGAAAUGAGCGUUCGCACGUUCUGUUACCCGGAUAGCGUGAUCAGGAAGCAUAUGCAUGAUGCACAUAAAAUACUUGAAAUGCUUGGUGCACAAUGCGUUGUGUUCCUUGCCUUUCAGGAGCUCCAGGUGAACUCUUUAACCCUAAUGAAGCAGUAUCAAGAGGCGAAAAUCCAGAAUAGCCGGGAACAUGGCAUUACGAAAGAAUACCACCCUCCAGCGCUCCCUUGGGGUAAAUAG